AUGUGUUAUAUUUUGUUAUUAGCCACAUUUCUUGCUACAACAUUCAUGUGUUUUUUGGAUCAUGGAAAUUAUUUCGAAGUUGGAAGUUGUCGAGAUUCAACACUUCCAACUAAUAUGUUACAUCAUUUAGCGGAAAUUUUCGUGAUUUUUUUGCAUGUUUUUGUGAAUUUAAGUGAGAACAUCUAGAGUAGUCACGUGAUUUCAUUUUCUGUGAAUUUCAGAUCGAUUAUCAGUCCUUCUCCAUCCUCAAAAUUUCAAAAACCCUAUAAAACUCAAACUUGCUUCAUUUCUCUUUAUUCUUAUUGGCCUAAUAAUUUCAACCCUCUAUGUUUAUUCCAUAAAACUUGUUGGAACUCAAGUUAUCGCUCUGAUAAUUUUUCUAAUUUUUAAUUUUCUCAAUUUAUUUCUGGAGAUAAAAUUGAGAAAGUUAUCGAAAAAAGUGUUUCAUGAAACUCGGGGAAUUAUAAAUCUUUCGGGAAGAUUUGAAUUAUAUUCAUCGAAAAAAAUCAUCAAACCUUUUAUGUUUGCAAGUAUUACUGGAAUUGUUAUCAAAUUUUUAGUAUAUAUUUAUGGAAUUGCGUACAUGAAAAAUUGGUUAACUCUAGAGAGUGAUCAAUUUUAUUUGGUAUUCAAUUUGGUGAGCUUGAAUGUUUUUAGAGCUUUAGAAAUGGCAGUUUUUCAGUUCUGGAACUUUGACGCCGCAUUUUUCCCAUGGUUUUUCUUAGUCACACAUCAACCAAUCUCAAAAUUCUUUGGAUUUUCAAAAAAAGAAACUACAAGUGUCGUAAACUUGGUUGAAAAUCAGAAUGAUUAUUUCAAGAAUCUAAAAGUGUCGUGGGGCUAAAUUUAUUCACUUGGCUGAAUUUUCGUCAUAACUUUGUCUCAAUGAUCGGAUAUCUUUUUUUAUUAUUUCCAAUUUUUUAUUCACAUCAUUUUGUGCUUUGAUUGAAAAAAUUAUGGCACCAAAAAUGACUCUUUUUUGGAAUGCUAUUUUUAUUUUUCAAAUUCUAAUCUGUAUUUUUGGAUUUUUCUCGCAAUUUGUGUUCAUCAAAAUAUUUGCAAUUCAUGGGAAGAUCAAUAAAAUUGGCAGGAUUUUAUUCCUAAUUUUAUCGAUUUGUUAUAUUUUGCUAUUGUGUUCAUUUCUAGCAACAACACUCAAUUGUUUUCUGGAUAAUGGAACUUAUUUUGAAUUUGAAAACUGUAGAAAUCCAAAAUUGCCUGGGCUAAUGGUUCAUCAUUUGACUGAAAUUUUAGUGGUUCUUUUGCAUGUUUUUGUGAAUUUUAGUAAGGUUGACAAAACUAGAAAUUUUAAUUUAUUGUUAGUAAAAUUUUUAGACCGAUUAUCAAUAAUGCUCCACCCACAAGAUCUAGAAUUAACUAAAAAAUCCACAUUUAUUUAUUUAAUUUUAUUUAUUUUUUCCCUGUUUAUUGCUAUAACUUAUGUUUUAUUCAAUCAAGAUAUCGUAACUCAAAAAAUCGCAUUUCUCUUCAUUUUAUCAUCAAAUUUCCUUGACCUCUUUCUAGAGAUCAAACUUAAAAAAUUAUCGAAAAAAGUGUUUCAAGAAACUCGAGGAACUAUAAAUCUCCUUGGUCGAUUUGAAAUAUACACAUCGCAAAAAAUCAUCAAAUCGUUUAUUUCUGCAAGUAUUUCUGGAAUUUCGCUGAAGUUUAUAGCAUUGACUUUGGCAUUUUUGCAAAAUGCAGAUUUUUUGGGGAUUGAGAAAGAGCAUUAUUUUUUGCUCAUUAAUUUGGUGAGCAAAUUUUGUGGUACAUGAAUCACAAGAAAUCUUGGAUUUUUUAGCUCUGGAAUAUCGAUGCCACAUUUUUUCCAUGGUGUUUUUUGGUGGAAGAUCAGGGCGUUUUGAAGAUCCUAGGAUUUGCGAAAAAAGAAUCGACAAGUGUUGUGAACUUGGUUGAAAAUCAGAAUGAUUAUUUUAAUAAUUUGAAAAUUGCGUGGGCUUAG